GAUGGUUAUUUUGUAACUUCCUACUGAUGCAGGUAUGAUUUAUAUGGAGAAAUAUGGGGAAUCAAGGCUUGAGGAUGCUGGCGAAUGUUUUUCCUUGGCAAAAUGUUGGAGUCUUUCUGCUGAUGUAUAUGCUAGGGGCAACCAUUUCUCAAAGUGCUUAGUUGCUUGCACCAAUGGUAAACUCUUUGACAUGGGACUCCACUUCAUUGAAUGCUGGAAAGAAAAUUCAACUCCUGCCAUUGAUAUGGAUGCAAAAAUUCAAGGAUUGGAUGAAAUCGAACAAGCUUUCCUCGAGAAUUGUGCAAGUUACUAUCAUGAGCUUAAAGAUACAAAAAGUAUGAUGAAGUUUGUGAGGGAAUUUCACUCUAUUGAUUCCAAACGUACUUUCUUAAGGUCAUGGCAUUAUCUAACUGAGCUUAUGCUCUUGGAGGAAGAACUCGGGAAUUAUUUUGAAGCUGCAAGCAUGGCAAAGCUGAAAGGUGAUAUUCUUUUUGAGGCUGAUAUGUUAGGGAAGGCUGGAUAUUUUGAAGAUGCAUCGAGGCUGAUUCUCUUUUAUGUCGUUGGAAUCUCUCUUUGGGGAUCUGGAAGCAAAGGCUGGCCACCAAACAGUUUUCUUCAGAUGGAAAAACUCUUAAUGAAAGCCAAAUUGAUUGCAAAAAAUAAAUCAGAAUUCUUCUAUGGGAUGGUCAGCAUUGAAGCCACCAUAUUAUUAAACCAGGAGGGCAGCUUGUUAGAAAUGGGACAAUUCAUAAGUGCUUCCCAUGAAUUCAGAAGUUUAUUAGGUGAAUAUUUCUGUGCUCGCAAAAUUCUUGAUCUUCAUUUUCGGCCAGAACCCUCUAAAUAUGAGUGGGAACAGGAAGUCUUCCUGGAUCAGAUGAAUUAUGUGUAUAACACCAUUUGCAGGAACCAGGUCUCUAUUGAAACACUUGUUUACUUUUGGAACUUUUGGAAGGGUAUGGUUGUAAACAUAUUUCGUUACCUUCAGUCUAUUGGAUCACCCCUCCAUAAGAAUGAAUAUAUGGACCAUGGACAGCUUUGUUUGGAUUAUUUGGGUGUGCGAAAGCAGGAAAAUAAUCAUGAUAUACUCUACCUUUUGCUCAACUCUGAUGCAUAUUGGGUCAAAGAAAUUGAUGAAAGAGCACUUCAGAGAAAUGGGAACUUGGUUGGUCUCAAUCUUCAGCAUUUUGUCCCUGCUGCUAGGAGCCACUGGUGUUUAGAAGUGUCCUUUAUUGGUAUUAAAGUAUUGGAAAGACUGGAAGCCCUUUAUGAUUUUGCUAAGCGCAAAAUUUUCCCAAUAUUUUGCCAAGGGAUGGUUAUCCUCCACAUGUAUGAAGUAUCACAAUUCUUAAUUGAGUCAGACUUACUGGUAAGGAAGUACCGUUUACCGGAACUUCAGAAAUUCCUUGAAUCAUCUAGAGUGCGCUUCUUUGAUAUUUUAUUUCCCCAGGACUGGAGGCAAGCAAUGACAGAGAAUUUGAUUGCCUGGAGGGAGACCUCUCUUUUUAGGGAUUUACUUAAAGAUGUUAUAAAUUAUAACAUCAAUUUGAAGGGUAAGCCAACAUAUGGGCAAAUUGGGAGGGUGGUGAUGCUGAUCUUUGUAUCUGGAGAUCUAACAGUUGAACUGUAUCAGAUGAUCGCAAGCCGAUUUUGUGUGAAGGCACCUUGGGAAGCAUUCAUGGAGGAGUUGAAAGAAAACAAAGGGUCAGGAUUUGCGCAGAUCUCCCUAGUCCACAAGCUUCAGCAGGCUCUGGAAGAUACCUUCAGCGUGAACUGGGAGAUGGAAUCUGACUAUAUGUCACCUCACUGUUAUAUAUAUCUUGUUGAGCGCCUUUUGUAUUGGGCAUCUUCUUGCCAAGAGUAUUUUUUCACAACGAAAUCUUCUAUUAUCGAGUCCCUUGCUUGCCGAGAGUGGAAAGUUAGGUCAAGCAUUCUGCGGGCUACUGAUAUGCAUGCAUUGUUGGAAGAUUCAUAUGAUUUUAUUGCUGGACAAAUAGGGCAACUUCUUUUUGAUAAGCAUGGGACAUCUCAAUGGCUUAUAAAGUCCCACCUCUCCGUCAAGGACUAUUAUCCAGCUUUAGUGUUGAGAUUGAUUGUAGUGCUUAGCAUAGUUUGUCUCAACUGUGGGAGGCAUUUUGGUUUACUUGAUGAACUGCUAAGUGGGAAUGACAUUAUCCGACAACUACCUCAUGCAUUCUAUCGGAUCCUUCAACGAAGGCGGAAUCAUAGUUUUUCUGAUGUGCUAGCUGAAGCACUUAAAACUAUUGAGAAUCCCCUUGUACUUGUUUCAGGAAGUCAUUAUCCAGAAAAUUUAUGUUCAGAUGCAUUAGUGGUAAACUUGGAGGCCAUUCAAAGCAGAGAGGAUUUAUUAAGAGUUUUAUUCCCUAAGAGUUUGGAAGAUGCAGAAAGUCAAAUUUGUUCUGUUGAAUCGGAAAGGAUUAUUUCAUGUAGUGAAGAUCUUUCUUCAGGAAGAACUAAUCAAAAAAAUAUUUCUGAACUUCCAUCUCAGUCAAGGUUACCUGUGACUGUACAUGAGGGGAACAAUGUUAAACUUUAUUCUGCCACUGAGUUAGGUGGGAAGGUGGAUCCAAUCAUUGAGAGGGAAGAUGCAAAUCAAAAAAAUGAACUGCAAAUGGUUUAUGCCCAUUUUUGGAAAACUUUUGAAGAUUAUGGGAAUGCUAUGAGCUUGGCUUCUAAAAUCCCACAGAUCAAGGUGUCAGUGAAGGAAUCUAUUUGCAUUAUGGAGUUCGCUAUAACCCAACUUGGGCAGAAGAAUAAUUGUCCAAAUGAAGAUUUAAAAUUGUUUGAAGAAGCAAAACAUAUGCUUGGUGAUUUGAAUAAGCUCUCCUUUGCUUUGGAUGUGUGUGAUGAAGAACUUGAUAAUAUUAAUUCAACAAUUAGAGAACAUUUCAGAAAGUUGAGUGAAAGGAGGCCAAGACUCGAGAAUUUUUUGGAUUCCCUUUUCCUGCAAAGUAAGUCGGGCGCACUCAGUGAGGCAUUACAGGAUGAUGGUGCCCCAGGAACCCAAAACCACAGCAGCAAAGGAGAAGAAAAUAAUGGCAAUGGUAAGGGAAAACCCAAGUCCAAGAAGGGGAAAGGAAAUAACAAGUCAAAGAAGGCAAAUAAGGACAAAAGAAAAAAGUAA